UCAGGUGAGAGUGGUUGAGGCCCGGAGGCUGAGUUGACUGGAAGUCAGGGCUUGGAUGCUGUUGGCUUUGGGCUUGAGCUUUUUCUUUCUCCCCUGCCAAGACAACCCCGUUUGUGAGGGAGUCGGGAAGAGUGAGGAAAAGGGAAGGCGGCCGGCCAAGAGCGCUGCUUUCCCCCGUGAAGCGCCAUCGCCCCGCGGCUGGAGGCGACGGUGGUCCAGGUACUGGUCUUAAAGCAAAGGAAAGCACUGUGACUUGGAAUGACACCUUUCCUUCAAUGCUAGAAAGAGAACCAGGAGCUCUUCUCUGGGAAACUGCGGAAUGUGCCCUUGGGAGCCCAAGCAAACCAGAGGAAGAUGCUGCAGACGAGUAACUACAGCCUGGUGCUCUCCCUGCAGUUCCUGUUGCUGUGCUAUGACCUCUUUGUCAAUUCCUUUUCGGAGCUACUCAGAAUGGCAGCUGUCAUCCAGCUGGUGCUCUUCAUCAUCCAAGACAUUGCAAUACUCUUCAACAUCAUCAUCAUUUUCCUCAUGUUCUUCAACACCUUCGUCUUCCAGGCUGGUCUGGUGAACCUCCUCUUCCAUAAGUUCAAAGGGACCAUCCUCCUGACAACUGUGUACCUCGCCCUCAGUAUCUCCCUUCAUGUCUGGGUCAUGAACUUACGCUGGAAAAGCCCGAACAGCUUUGUUUGGACAGAUGGACUUCAAACGCUGUUUGUGUUCCAGAGACUAGUGGCAGUGCUGUACUGUUACUUCUACAAACGGACAGCCAUGAGACUGGGCGACCCCCGCCUCUACCAGGACUCUCUAUGGCUACGCAGGGAGUUCAUGCAAAUUCGCAGGUGACAGCUUCUUGUCACGCUGGUGGAUGGAUGCCUUUUCCUCCUGCUAGAAGCCACGAGUGCUGCACAGAAGGGCAGAUAGGCCCUCGGCACCAGGAAACAGCUGGACUGCCACAGAUAGGCUCAGGCCGAUUGUGUUGAUCAUUCAAGAAAGAAGUCUUCCUCGUGCAAAUUCAGUGUUCCCCACAGGCUCAGUAUGGAAUGCUUCCCUGGGCUCCUGGCUGCAAGAUUUGGGGCUCCCAACCUUGGAGCCUCGGUUCUACCUGGGACAGCAGCCUCCCGGCCCCCACUCUCCCGACACCACACUUGAUUGACUGAAAGCUGAAGAAUGAUGGUUACAGUGGUCCUGACUGAGCACACCUCACACGUUUAGAUUUUUAUACCCAAGGUACUUUUUUUUACGUUUAUAAAUAGGAAAUAAACUUAAAUCUUUUUUUCCCCAUAAAUGAUAGCAUCUACCUAGCUAGAUCAUGGUUAAGAGGCAUGUGAAGUGACAGGCUCACAAUCUACUUGACCCAGUGGGCAGAAGGAGUCACAGGUCAAGCAUAGAUACAAGCUGGGAGCUGAUGGCUCACCCCUGUAAUCCUAGCUACUCAGGAGUCUGAGGUCGGAGGAUCCUGGUUCAAAGUCAGC